UUAAAAUGCGGGCGGCCCGAUUGCGGCGAUAGGAUGGAUUACGGGCUCGUGCAUCUCUACGGGCCAGGCCACGCGUCGCCGCAGAGGGCCCUUCUUCGACCCCAUCACACCGAGUGGUGUCACUUCUGCCCGCCCUCGCUAGAUGGCAACGGUGCUGCCAUGGCCCACGGCGGCAGCGGUCAGUCUACUCCUCCGUCGACGAGCGAAGAGGCGCCUUCGUUCACCAGGACAGCCAACGGUUGGGUAGCGCCAGUGUGUUGCGUUGCUUGCCACAGCGGACCGGUUACUUUCUGCCGCAAAAUGCCCAACAUCAAGGUAUUUAGUGGUUCGUCGCACUGUGAUCUCGCCCAAAAAGUGGUCGACAGGCUCGGCAUAGAACUUGGAAAGGUAGUUCUCAAGAAAUUCAGCAAUCAAGAGACAUGUGUGGAGGUAGGGGAGAGUGUUCGUGGUGAGGAUGUGUACAUCAUCCAGAGUGGAUGUGGGGAGGUGAAUGACAACCUCAUGGAGCUGCUGAUUAUGAUCAAUGCCUGCAAAAUUGCUUCUGCUUCCCGAGUCACUGCUGUCAUACCUUGUUUUCCAUAUGCAAGGCAGGACAAGAAGGACAAGAGCAGAGCACCAAUUUCGGCCAAGCUCGUUGCCAACAUGCUGUCUGUUGCCGGUGCUGAUCACAUCAUCACAAUGGACCUUCAUGCGUCGCAAAUACAGGGAUUUUUUGACAUUCCGGUGGACAACUUGUAUGCUGAGCCUGCUGUUCUCAAGUGGGUUCGUGAGAACAUACCAGAGUGGCGCAACAGCAUCAUUGUCUCCCCCGACGCUGGAGGAGCCAAGAGGGUCACAGCCAUAGCGGAUCGUCUCAACGUGGAAUUCGCCCUGAUUCACAAGGAGCGCAAGAAGGCUAAUGAGGUGGCCAGCAUGGUGCUGGUGGGAGACGUCAAGGACCGAAUCGCCAUAUUGGUUGAUGACAUGGCCGACACCUGUGGCACCAUUGUCCAUGCAGCUGACAAGUUGAUGGAAGCAGGUGCUAGCAAGGUGUAUGCCAUUCUUACGCACGGCAUUUUUUCGGGGCCUGCCAUAUCAAGGAUCAACGACGCUUGCUUUGAGGCUGUGGUUGUAACGAACACCAUACCACAGGAUCAACACAUGAAAGAGUGCCCUAAAAUUCAGUGUAUCGACGUCUCCAUGAUCCUUGCCGAGGCAAUUCGUCGAACACACAACGGAGAGUCUGUGUCGUACCUGUUCAGUCAUGUGCCAAUGUAGAUGGAAGGGCACACGCACCACCACUGGGUUUAUUGCUCACUCUCCUCCUCCCUCCCUCUCCCUUGUCUUUUAAAUGCCACAUGACAACCAGUUUUAUUAAUUUCUUUCUGCGUUGCUGUCCUGGCUUUUGUUUUUGUGUUGCUGCAGAUGGUGAAAUUUUCUGUUCCAGUGGGAAUAGGCUGUUCAUGACUACUUGGAAGCGCCAAUUCAGGUGGCUUCAAGACAUUGUUGAUACCAAGUUUUUGUACUAGUGUGAAUUUUCUGUGCCUUUUCAGUUAGCCAUAUGCCCUUUUUGCUUGCUUUUUUUGUCUGUAGAGGCAGCAGUAUGUUUAUUUUAACAGGGCAUGUACAAACAAAAAGUGAGUGCCAUGCAUACUAGUGAACCAUGUGAAUUUUACUCAACCUAGGCAUGAGCCAUUCUUGGUGUCGUGCAAUGGCAAAAGUGAAAAGGUAUGCGAGCCUGCUUUUACACUUUUUAUACUGCUCGGUGGUCCCAGCAGCUGCAAGGCCUUUUUCUCCAUCAACUUUUAGUACUUGUGCACAGCUUGCAAAAAUGUUGCCUUGUUUUUUGUCCUUUAUGCUGAGCAUAAAAUCAAACAUGUUCUUGUUGACUAACAACAUAUGUGUUCCAUAAUGUACAGUACCACCACCACCAGAAGCUGCUGCUGUUGUAGAGAUGUUGCUUUCGUUGUGCACUAUGUGUCUGCUAUUUCCUUUGCUUGCUUUCCAGUUGACAGAUAUUUCAGCGCUUUUCAGUGAAGCAAUACUGAAGAACUACCAUGGCAUUUCUUUAUGCUCUGUUAACACCGAAGGACCUGCCAAGUGAUGCCGAUUCCUGCUGCAGAUUGCAUUGUACAUUCGUGCUGCAUUCCAUUAGAAUCUAGAAUGGGUGCCAUCCUACUGGGCAUUCUUUCGCGCUCUCUUCGGCAUUAAACGAGAGUUUUAGUUAGUCUG